CCUGGGAGCAGUCCUCUCCCAGAUGCAGGGAGGCAAGGUGAGACCGAUUGCUUAUGCCAGUCGAGGCUUGAGACCCACAGAGCGAAACAUGGCAAAUUACAGCUCCAUGAAGCUUGAGUUUCUGGCCCUUAAGUGGGCCAUGACUGACAAGUUUAGAGAGUAUCUGUUGGGGAACAAAUGUAUUGUCUACACUGAUAACAACCCUCUCAGUCAUCUGUCCACCGCUAAAUUGGCGGCCACUGAACAGAGGUGGGCUGCUCAGCUAGCAUCUUUUGAUUUUGAGAUCAAGUAUCGGUCAGGUCGGAGUAACACCAAUGCUGAUGCGCUUUCUCGCCAACAUCCACCUGACCUACCAGAUGUGAAAGUCAUGCUUCUGGGUACAGCUAUGCCUAGAGCAUUGCAGGAAGCUUUGGGGUUUGAAACAGUUGAGGCAACCCAAGCAGUCGUUGCAGUUUUGCCACAGCAUACUACAGCUGAACUUUGUGCUUUGCAGCAGGCGGAUCCUGCUUUACAGGACGUAUUGGUGUUUUGGAAGAAAGGACAGCAUCCGAGUCGAGAGGAGCGAGCCC